CAUCUUGAUGUCGCGGCAAUAAUAAAAGCUAUCAAGGAGAAACAUGUGCAAAAUCUGUAGAUGUCUCCAGAACUUUGUCCAUACGGUUUCUGGAGAAACAUACUGUGUUCUGCUGUAUGCACAUCUGGUGUGAGUCAACCAUGAUCUGCUGGAGGGUAUUCUCGCUGAUUCUCGUGAUUGUGUACGGCAGUGCUUUGGCAAAGAAGGAUGUAGAUCGCAAGUGCACCAAACCCCAGCUAGUUUACAUCAGAAAGUCUCAGCAAGCAUCACUAAAGGACUUUUACAGCUCCACUGAAACUGUCGUGUUCAGAUGCAGAAAAGGUUACCAGUUCGCCAGCCAACCUCGCUAGGAACGCGCAGUAUCGCCUGCUCGAAAACGGGAACAUGGACGCCUCGGAUUAUUCCACAUUGUCAGGCAAGACCUUGCCCCAAGCCAGUGUUUGACGAGAACACAACAGGUAUCACUUGGUUGGAAUCGGGCCUGCGUGUCAAGAGUAAAGUCGAGUAUCGCUGCGCCAGUGGGUACCGGUUUUCAGGAACAGCUGAAAACACUGCAACCAUUUUGUGCCAAAGAGAUGAAACCUGGUCGCAGCAGAAGCUUUGCGAGCCAAGAACGUGCCCCGACCCACCGUUUGAUGGGAAUACGACGACAGUUAUAACACAGUUGCGGUCGGUGUUGCGUUUUAAGGACGAAGUCGAGUAUCGCUGCGCAAGUGGGUACCAAUUCUCAGGAACAACUGACAACUCUUCAACCAUUGUGUGCCAAAGUGAUGGAACCUGGUCAAACCAGAGACUUUGUGAACCAACGGGUUGCCCUACGCCGAUGUUUAACCUUACGACAACGGACGUUGCGACAAAUCUGAGCUCCAUGCUGCAGUCCGACAAUGAAGUCCAGUAUAGCUGUGCUCAAGGGUACACAUUUCCACGCAACAUGCCACGCACCGCCUCCAUCGUGUGUCAAGAUAAUGCGACCUGGUCUAUGCAGCAGCCCUGCCAACGGAUAGAGCCUCUAGCCAACCCGAAGACGUCUGCAACUGGCAUCAUCGUGCCCGUGGCAGUAGCCGUUUCCCUCAGUGUGGCAGCCAUAGGCCUCGUGUUGCGCUAUCGCCGGACGAUAAUCGCUUCAGCCAGACUGCGCAUGGACAAGAGGACAGUGAACGAGUUUCCCGAUGGAACAGUGCAAGGCCCCGCUGGCGGAAAUAUGGCUGCGUGCGUGGAUGCCGCACCAAUGCCUCCCAGCGUACAGUUUACCUGCACCGUUCAGUCGUUCGCGAAGUUAGAUUCUCCGGAUGGCCAGGAAACAACCUCUCCCACUCAGUGUAAUGACUACACAUUGCAUCCAGAAGUCGGUAUGAGGCAGGACACGGUUCCAACAGCUCCAGCCCCACUCACUGGGACCCAAAGUAGCAAGAACCCAGUGGUAUACUCCGAGGCCCACGCAGCGAUACUGGGUGCAUCGCAUGCUGUGCCUACUGAAGCUACCUCGCCAACUACGAAUGAAGACCUGUAUGUGAACACUGGCCCACGCUCUGAAGAUCUAUAUGAAGCUGUGAAGGCUUAUGCUGGUGCGCUGGCUCAGCAUCAAGGCAUAGAAGCACCGUGCAGUACGUUCGACGGGCAGCAAGGUGUUGACCUUUCGCUAUCGCCAGAAGAUGAGUACAUGAAUAUGACCGUGAGGUCCAGGGAAAUAUCCGGCUCUUAGGCACAUGCUUUCAAGCGCCGUGUCUAGCGGGCUGCGCAAUCUUUACACAGUGUGUUCAUGUGAAAUCCGACCUUAUGUACAAUAGCAUACACGAUGCAGGCACAGAUCGCCCCGGAACGUGCAGUGAAUGGUGGUCUGAUUCAUUGCUGAAACAGGAUUUCAACUUGUGCAACAACACACAUGCAUAUUUAGAAUACACAGUAGAAGAAGAGUAAGUGCAGUGCUGGCAACUGAAAUCCGACCCCCCUAGCGGUGCGCUAGCCGCGUUAGCGAUUCGUACGAUCCGCUAGGGGGGGGGGGGGUCGGAUUUCAGUUGCCAGCAUUGUACAUGUAUACCCGUCUCUUGGAGUUUAACCAUAAUUAUAGCACAAUCAUCAUAGUUAUGAAUUAUUGUGAUCAGCAUCCGCACAUGCACAAUCCAUUCAAAUCGUAGUGUUCACGCCACAGCAUACACGUACAUGUAAAGUCACAUAAUUACGUGCAUGUUACAGUUAUAAUAUCACCAGUGGAAAUGAAUUACGUGUUUGUCUGCUACUGGUAUGCCGUUACUAUUGUUACCAAAGCAGCCAUGAGACAUUCACUUUGAACGCAUUUGGUGUCAUCAGUUGGAACUCGUAUUUUCAAUUUGCCUGUGUGAGGCUGUAAUCUCGUACUUGUAAAAACGGUCUUUAAAUACUCAUCAACCGUAACCCCUUACAUCAGAUUCCCCAUUCUGUUUACCUAUUGAAAAUGUGUCUUUUGUGCUCGA